AUUUCAUGGUGACAAAAAAAAAAAAGCUGUAAAGAAAGCACAAGCGACGAAACCCACCUAUUUACCGUGGAGUCCCUGCCUAAACAGAGAGAAGGCUAGACGAGGGAGAGGGAGAGGGAGAUCAUGGAGAAAGAGCGCCUUUUGAGCAUGGGAUUCUCGGAGGAAUUGGCGGCGCAGGCCUUGUCUGCCACCGGCGGUGCUUCCCCAACCAGAGCCGUUGAAUGGAUUCUAAGUCACAAACCCAUCCCCUCCGACGAUUCCCCUUCUCCUUCUCCUCCUCCGUUUCAACCCAAGCUCCACCGCUUCUUCAACUCCAAACCGGACACUAAUCCUUCUUCCACACCCAUCCAAGAAGACAUCGUUCCUCUCUCCAAGCGUUCCAAACCCACUUUCGCCCACGACACCAUCACCACCACCACCACCAUCACCGCCACUCCUCACCAGCCCCUCUACGACCGAAUGCGGCCUCGCACCCUCGACGACGUCGUCGGCCAAGACCACCUCCUCGCCCCCAACUCCCUCCUCCGUUCCGCCCUCCACCGCCACCGUCUCCCUUCCCUUCUCCUUUGGGGCCCACCCGGCACCGGCAAGACCUCCAUCGCCAAAGCCAUUCUAAACUCAUUCCCCAACCCUUCCUCCUUCUCCUCCACCUACCGAUUCGUCUCCCUCUCUGCCGUCACGUGUGGCGUCAAGGACGUCCGUGACGCCGUUGAUGAAGCCAGAAGAUCAAAGACAAAGAAUAAGAGAACGGUGCUCUUCGUCGACGAGGUUCACCGCUUCAACAAGGCCCAGCAGGACUCUUUCUUGCCCAUAAUCGAAGACGGAAGCGUUGUCUUCAUUGGCGCCACCACGGAGAACCCUUCUUUCCAUAUCAUCACGCCUCUUCUCUCACGUUGCACGACCCUUGUACUCCAUGCCUUGGAUCCUAAUAAUCUGGCCCAACUCCUUAGGCGGGCGGCCGACGAUUCUCGAAUUGGGCUCAUUGCCAGCAUUGGGAUGAGGCCUGUCCAGGUAGAAGACGACGUAAUUCACUUCAUUUCAGCUAAUUGCGACGGCGAUGCCCGCGUGGCCCUCAACGCCUUGGAGAUCUCUGCCAUCACUGCAGCCGCUCGAGCCGCACUGCAAUUAGGUUCGGCCGGCGCUGUCCAUUUGGGUUUGGAGGACGCCAAGGAGGCCUUGCAGUGCAAGCACUUGGCCUACGAUAAAGAAGGAGAUGAGCACUACAAUCUGAUUAGCGCGCUGCACAAGUCCAUGAGAGGGAACGACGCCAAUGCGGCUGUGUAUUGGCUGGCCAGAAUGUUGGAAGGAGGUGAGCAACCACUCUACAUUGCUCGCAGACUGGUGAGGUUCGCCAGUGAAGAUGUUGGGUUGGCUGACCCUUCUGCUUUAAACCAGGCCGUUGCUUGCUAUCAAGCUUGUCACUUUCUGGGAAUGCCAGAGUGUGAUGUUGUACUUGCUCAGUGCGUGGCUUACUUAGCUAUGGCUCCAAAAUCGAUUGCCGUCUAUCGAGCGAUAGGGGCGGCGAGAAAGGCAGUGAAGGAAUCGGUUGGACAGAACGAGGGAGUGCCUCUUCAUCUGAGGAAUGCACCGACGAAGUUAAUGAAGGAGAUUGGUUAUGGCAAAGGCUACAUUUACACUCCUGAUGAUCCCACUUCUGUUCAAAGCUUUUUGCCAUCUUCACUUGAGGGACACAAGUUUCUCGCUUGGCCUACUAGUGCGAACAGAUGAAACAUUUAUGGAGUUUUCCAUUUUGGGGUAUGUAUACUUGUGCCAGAUUUGUUGAUAAGAAUCGGCACUUUUUUGGUUUUUCAGUUACCCAUCCCCUGCAAUUUUUUUUGGAUGUGAUUGUUGUCUAGGAGAUGUUAGGAAAAUGGAUGAUGCAGGGAUUUCUAUAACAUAGAGUUGAUUUACGAAUUUCAUAUUUAGAAAUUUGAUCACAAGUGCCAUUUUCGA